AUGGGCGCGGUUUCCACAGCAACCGCCUCGGACCCCCCACUUCCGCUAAAAGGGAACCGGCGCUUCUGCGCAUGCUCAGUUCAGCCGGCGGGUGUGGUCGCGGUCAAAGAGGUGCUUCACAAAGCUCCACGCAACCGCGACUUAAGGUUCCGGUUAGGAUGCAACGCAAAAAGCAGGGGAAGUAUUUCAUAUAGAAAUCGUACAAAAUGUGCGCAUGGCCAUCUAGUAGAAGCCCAAAACCAGCAGUCGAAAUAAAUUAAAAAAUUGUCCAGUAGCACCUUAGAGACUAACCCUUUUUAAUUUUUUUAUUUAUUUCGACUUCGUCAGACCAACACGGCUACCUACCUGAACCCAAAACUAGCAGUUGCUUACAUACUGUGUUCGUGGAAGACAAUCUUACUCGGCUACGAGUGAUCGCCAAAGACGAAGAAGACCAAGCAAAACUUGACGCACAAAAACAAAAUAAUAACGAGCUAUAUUAUAAUUUUAAAUGUGAUUUUAAUUAUAUUAAUGAUUUGUUGUUGUUAUUGUCUUGUACUUAUUCCAAAACGUUGCAAUAAAAUGGGAAACUCCCGCGGGCGCCAAAAAUAAAAAUAGAAAACCCAUCCUCUGCUGCUCUAGUUUGAGCUUUCCCCUUAGUUCCUGCGCCCCUCUCAUGGCGGGCGCCAAUGAGUUUGGCACACGGGCACCGGAAGUGUUAAGAGACCAUGGAGCCACGGAGACGCCUCCCUUGGUCCUCGCGCAUGCGUGGGUGGCGACGGCGGGGAAAGCACAGGAGACCGGUGUGCUGCUGCCGGGCAGGUGAGGAGGCUGCGUGUCGGGCGAGGAAGGAGCGGGGCGGGAGGCGGGUGCGGGGCGCGCGCGUAAAUACGGUACUCCAGCAAGUGCUGCCAUGGGACGGAAGCGCCCCGGUCUGCCCCACCCCCAUUCCCUGGAAGGGACCCAGGAGUCCGGGUGCCCCACCCCCACCCACCGGGUCAGUCCUUGCAGGGGAUUCUCAGGUUCGGACAGGUUCGCCCUCCAGCUCCAAAACGCCCCCAAACCCCAACGCCUUUUAAGGUUGCCACUUUCUUUUUUUUGUUAACAUUUUAUUAAUUUCCCCCAAAUAACAGAAAAAAAGAAAACAACAACAAUACAAAAUCAUUACAAAACAAGGGGAAAAAGAACAUCAUAAACAAUUUUUUAAACCAUAAUUUUUGCUUGACUUCAAUCCCCCUCUUGGUUCCAUUGUUUUAUGCUUGUUCACGCCCGUCCAUAGAACCUUACAUUCCUAACAAGCCAAUUUUAAAACCUUCUUCAUCUUAUUACAAGUGAGUUUUUAAAGUUAUGCUAAUGUAGAAGUCUAUACAGAAAGCUUAAAAGAUAUGCUUUAAACAUUUGCCCUUUUUAAGAAAAAACAAAAAUAAAAAACAACUCAAAGUCUCUUUGUUUCUUGGGUUUCAAAUUGUCUAUUUUGUCCUGCAUAGUUGAAUAAUUUAGUUUGCCAAAUUUCUUCAUCUUUUUUGGUGGACAAUUCUUCCCUCUGUGGCUUAGGGUUGCCACUUUUGACCUGCGAAGGACAGGACAGGAUAUGGGGCGGGGUGAAAUUCCCCACCACCAGCACCACCGGGUGCUGAAAUGACUUCAGAGCAACCCAUUACAGUGGUACAGAUCUAAGUUAGCAAAUGCACUUUAGUUUCAAUGACUCACAUUCUCCCCACCUGCUGAAUUACUGCCCCCCAAAAAAGGAGAGGGGCCUGUGUACAUCCCAUAUGUGGUUCAUAGAAUCAUCAUCAUUACAGUGGUGCCCCGCAAGACGAAUGCCUCGCAAGACGAAAAACUCGCUAGACGAAAGGGUUUUGCGUUUUUUGAGUCGGAACGUUCUGCAAGACGAAUUUCCCUAUGGGCUUGCUUCGCAAGACGAAACGUCUUGCGAGUUCUUGCGAGUUUGUUUCCUUUUUCUUAAAGCCGCUAAGCCGUUAAUAGCCGCUAAGCCGCUAAUAGCCGUGCUUCGCAAGACGAAAAAACCGCAAGACGAAGAGACUCGUGGAACGGAUUAAUUUCGUCUUGCGAGGCACCACUGUAUUAUUAUUAUUUUAUUAUUUGUUGAAUUUAUAUACCGCCCUAUACCCGGAGGUCUCAGGACAGUUCACAGAAAAUAUCAACAUAAAAAUCACCACCAUAGAAUUGUAGAGUGGGCAGGGUCCCUGAGGAUCAUCUUAAGUCCAGUCCCCUGCAAUGCAGGAACAGGCAGCUGUUCCAUCCGGGGGAUUUAACCUGUAACCUUGGCGUUAUCAGCACCACGCUCUAACCCAGGGGUCAGCAAACUUUUUCAGCAGGGCCCGGCCCACCGUCCCUCGGACCAUGUGGGGGGCCGGACUAUAUUUGGGGUGGGGGGAAUGAACAAAUUCCUAUGCCCCACAAAUAACCCAGAGAUGCAUUUUAAAUAAAAGGACACAUUCUAGUCAUGUAAAGACGUGCUUGGAUGGUCCGGAUUUCAAAGGCAAUUGGGCCGGAUUGGGCCCCCAGGCCUUAGUUUGCCUACCCAUGCUCUAACCCACUGAUCUAUCUUGUGUGUAUGGGGUAGAGGUAGCAACAAAUUCUGUUUCUCUUCCUCACAGAGCUUUGCCUUCACAACACCCCUUUCCAUGUAACUGUUAAUGUCACUUCAUUCGCACACAUACGCAUGCAUCAUAGUCGGACAAGUUCAUCCAACCACUGGGGCAGAGCUUUCCAAACUUUUCAUUCUGGCAACGCAUUUAGAGAUGCAUCAUUUCGCAACAGGGUAAUUCAGUUUUACUACCAAACCAGAGGUUAAACUAACCCCUUUCCAGCCAUGGGAAGAAUGUGGAGAGCGUUUGCAUGACACACCCACACACUGCAGCCAACACACUAAUGCACCGCGACACACAGUUUGGAAAGGUCUGCGCUAGGAUGUUGUACUUGCUUUUGGGGCCUGUCUUUUAUACACUAUAUUGCAUCAAUUUAUCUAAAUAAAUAAAUAAAUAAAUAAAUAAAUAGAUCAACCAUCUCAAGGCUUCAAUUCUCUGCAUACUUAUUUGAAAGUUAAUUAAGCUGAGCUAACUGGGGCUUAUUUCCAUUUUCAAAGGAUCAGGGUGAAAGUGAACUUAGGUUUGCGACAGUUUUUUGUAAGCGAGUCGCUUGCUAGACUGCUGCAUGUUGGCAGAUGGUCCAAGAAAAAGCAGGGGUUUGAGGCCUCAUCUGCAGUACACAUUUAAAGCACUUUAAGUAGUCGUGGUGUUUGUUUUGUUUUUUUGGUGCCUAAAGAAUAGGUUUGCAAUAUCCAGCUUACCCCUCUAUGAAGGAACAGGGUCAGGAGAGCACGUAAAAGCAACAAGCACUCACACAGUACCAACUGUUACUUUCUGCCCAAAAAGGCAUUGUUGUUGUUUAGUCGUGUCCGACUCUUCGUGACCCCCUGGACCAGAGCAUGCCAGGCACUCCUGUCUUCCACUGCCUCCCGCAAUUUGGUCAAACUCAUGCUGGUAGCUUCAAGAACACUGUCCAACCAUCUCGUCCUCUGUCAUCCCCUUCUCCUUGUGCCCUCCAUCUUCCCCAACAUCAGGGUCUUUUCCAGGGAGUCUUCUCUUCUCAUGAGGUGGCCAGAGUAUUCGAGCCUCAGCUUCAGGAUCUGUCCUUCCAGUGGGCACUCAGGGCUGAUUUCCUUAAGAAUGGCUAGGUUUGAUCUUCUUGCAGCCCAUGGGACUCUCAAGAGCCUCCUCCAGCACAAAAAGGCAUAUUGGGCGCAUUUUGCAAAUGGAACGUCCACAUACUGGAACACCCCAGAGACAGGCCACUAGGUGCAAUGCCCUCGUGACUGCCACCGCCACUUUCCCCUCCACGCACUCUGUUACACGACAAUUUUAAGCUGCAACCCCUUGUGGACCGUGGCCUAGUAUCCUCAAUUUCCCCGGCCUAUGGGAAAAUAACUGUCAGCUUUAACGAGAGAGACACGUGCGCAGGCAGGUUUGCACGACCCUCCCGCCAGCCAGCCUCGCCUUCCCUCUUCUCCUUCCUCUUCUCCAAGGCACUUCCAAAGUCACGCCAUUCUUUCUUAGCCUUGCCCCUACGUUCCAGACUUUCUGCCUCUUUCUGUUGCUUUUUUAUUUUAAGCAGCUUCCUGGCAGAAAGGAAGAGGCCCUCUGUGCAUGAUCAGAAAUACUCUGCCCUGUUAUGGUGGGUGGGACAGCCCUGCUUGGAGAUAAAGGCACCCGGCACACAUCUUAAGGGACACUGUGAGGUGCCAAGGAUCCUUGAAAACAGAAAGUGGUAGUCCUCUCUCUCUCCAGCCCUUCACCCGACUUCUCCCCCAAUUCUUCCAUUCCUCCAUGUGGGACUAACUCUUCCAUUCUCUUUCUUCCUCAGACAGGUGCUUUUGGAGAGGCUCGGCUGGAUACCUGCGCAGCACAUCCAGGAAUGACUUCUUUGGUGAGCUGUCAUUCUGGGAUGGAGGCCAAGAGUUGUCUGAAUCUUUGGGCUUGUCUCAUCCUGGUUCAGUUCUGGGAAUCCCCACUAAUUUUUGGCAUCCCAAACUGAAAAGGCAUGGUCGGCUAUUUCCUGCCUUCUCCCAGACCUCUUUUGCUUCCACAGCUUCAGAACAUCAGCCAGAUUAGUGAGCAGUGUUAGAAACUGAGAUAUGAAAGCUAGGAGCUAAAUGGUACCUUAAACCUAGGUUAUGGGCGCAACAAUGGAACGUCUAGGCACACUUUUUUAUAAGAAGAAUUCAAAGCUGAAAAUGAACGAACUGCAGCUAAAAUAUUAUGUUCAUUUUCCACAUGAUUUAGUCCUUCCCCUGCCCACCCCCUUAAUAUUCUUAAGAGGGUCUCUUCUCCAGUCUUCAGAGAGUAGCUGGAAGUGGGGAGGAAGAAAAAGGUCCUCUUUUCCUUCCACUCUGCAGUUUUAAUCUGAAAUCUCAGGCGCAGUACUGCUCCCAGAGUUCAGAAACUGCUCACGCUAGUGAAAUUCCCUAUCGCAAAAUGCACCUAGAACAAUGGGAGUUUCAAACACUGUUAGUGAGUGUACCAGCUUUCUGAAACUGGACAGCCCAUUAUUACACACACACCACCAGCUCUUAUCUUCCCCAGGCAGACGGAUGUAUUGAUCCCUCCCUCUCUCUCCUGCCUGACUUGGCAAAGCUGUUCUCAAAAUGGCCACCUGUUAUUUCCCCCCAAGUCCCAGUUGGGUUCCAUGUUUUAUCUCCUAGUGCCUACAGCGUAUUGUAGUACAACAUGAUGAGCCCGUUCCUCAGCAAAAAUGCAUUCAGUUUUUUUGUCCCUAAGAGUGACAGAGACAUGACGAUGGUCAUCUGCUUAGGCUUGAACCUUGAGGGUAAGCAUGCGUCUCCACUCUUCCCAUCUCAUUGCAUGCCUCCAGCCUGGAGCUGUGACCGGAAAACAUAUACUGUUACUAGGCAACUCUAGCUUCCUAGCUUAUUAUAUGGUCUAAUAUACAUGGCCAGGCCAUAGAUGACCAUGCAGUUUGGGUAAUUAGCACCAGCUGGGCUAGCCAUUGAGAUGACACUGGAUUACAAAUUAACUCCUCUCUGCUGUUUUGCAGCAUUUUGUCUUUGGUGUGGUUUGCGUGCAGCAGAGCAGUUCUUAAUGUUCUGUAGGAGCAUAUUGCUCAAAAAAAAAAAAAAUCUUAUAUAUUUCCUGUGACCUGUGCUAAACUUGUCACCUACGAAUGCCCUUGAGUUUGACCAGCCUCCUCUCUGCAUCCUUUUUCACUUGAGCAAUCCCUGUUGCUUUUUUGGUAGGGGACCAGCAGUCAGACAGCAACUGAAUAUGUGGUCCGUGUUCCCAAGUAAGUGCAAUCCUUUUUCCUGCUUUCUUUCUUCAGACGUUUUGGUGUUGUGGUUGAAUCUUCUUCAUUUGAUAGUUUUUCUCCACUUGAAGAGAGUGCCUGUUUCUUUUAAAAACUUGUCUGUAGGUUUACCUGGAAAUAAGUCCUACUGGUUUACUCCUGAGUAAGGAAGUGAAGCAUGCAUUGGAAAUCAUCCAAAAGAGAAAACCAGCCCUAGGGAGCUGUUUAGGAAUACUGGAGAAGAAACAUUUGACCAUACUGGCCUUUGUGCAUUGUGGUCAGGUUGUUAGAUUUUAAUGUCUACCCAUGGAAGCAAAGCCUUAUCUGGGUAUUCUGGGCGUGCUGUAGCUAUGCAUACAUUGAAAUGUGGCCCUCAGUAGCACUGAACUGUAGGCAUGUUUCGUGCUUCUCUGCAGGGUCCAGGGAUGGGCUUUCCCUUAGACCAGAAGAAAAAGAGUUAUUUUGGUGGCGCAUUCCCACUUGGUUCCAACCUGUGAUACUGGGCAGUGAUCUGACUUAUUUCUGCUUCCUUUCUCCACAGAAACACCUCCAAAAAAUAUAACAUUAUGGCAUUCAAUGCUGCUGACAAGGUGAACUUUGCAACUUGGCACCAGGUAGGACUCUGCGCUCAGGCUGCUAAAGUUUUCUUUUUCUUUAUAAAGAGUUAAAACAGUACCAAAUACAUAUCCAUAUAUCCAGAUUCCUCUGAAUCUCGAGACUUCCCAUCAUCCCCUCCAUAGGUCCUAUUGUCAACAUUUUCAACUGCAUAUUAUUUCGUAAUUAUGUUUUGAAUCUGUGCAUAUUGUCCAUAGUGUUUGUGACAUUACAAGUGUUACAGUGGUACCUCUGGUUAAGAAUUUAAUUCGUUCUGGAGCUCUGUUCUUAACCUGAAGCUGUUCUUAACCUGAGGGUACCACUUUAGCUAAUGGGGCCUCCCGCUGCUGCUGCACAAUUUCUGUUCUCAUCCUGAAGCAAAGUUCUUAACCCGAGGUACUGUUUCUGGUACUAUUCCGUUCGACUUUUGAGGUACGACUGUACUUAAUUGGAAUCCAUACUUUGUGCUAGCAGACCUUUAGUAAUGAAUUGGAGCUGCUUAAGAGCAAAUUCACACCCCCUCCCCUUUAUUAGAGACAACACAAUAUGGGUUGACCUUGGCCCUUUCUUUUCUGCUCCUCCUUAUAGGCAAAGAUGGAGCGAGACCUCAGCAAUAAGAAGAUCUACCAGGAAGAAGAGAUGCCGGAGUCGGGAGCUGGCAGCGAGUUCAACCGCAAGCUGCGUGAGGAGGCGAGGCGUAAGAAAUAUGGCAUCAUCUUGAAGGAGUUCAAGCUUGAAGACCAGCCCUGGAUCCUGAAAGUGAAUGGCAAGACUGGGCGCAAGUGAGUGGCUGAUGGUGCUUUUUUGCCCAGCAGGGUUUUGGUUCGCAGCUCAGUUUGGGAGUUUGUAUUGAAGAAAUGAACCUAUGCUGCCAAUUCUCAUAGUAGACCAGUAUAAAGUAAGCAGCACAAAACACUAAAAAAACCAUUCUACGUUCUAAAUCUGACAUUAAUAAUCCAAAAAUUGAGAGAGCUAUGUACAAGAUCUACUACAGAAGCCACAAACAGAAAACUCAUUCAAAUUGUGUCCAAAAGGAAGAUACAGUCUUUAAAUGUUCCUUUAGCCAGGCUCCUGUAGAUAUUUAAAAACUGUAUCCUGUAGAUAUUUAAAGACUGUAUUCUGUAGUAGAUCUUGUACAUAGCUCUCUCAAUUUUUGGAUUAUUAAUAUAAGAUUUAGAACAUAGAAUGGUUUUUUAGUGUUUUCUGUGCCGCUUAUGUGCUGCUUACUUUAUACUGGUCUACUACCAGUUUGGGAGUUUGGGCUAGCGUUACUCUUCAGUUUGCUUGCACUUGGUAAAGUCUAGAAUUGGAGCAUGUGAUGAGCCUCUCCCGCUUCGUGAGCAGGGGAUGGAGCAACUUUGACAUCUAGAAAGCUCUAGUUAAACAUUUGCAACUGGAAAAACUUAAGUCUCAAAAUUAGAAAGUUAGGCUAACCCGUAUGUGCGCCUUCUGGACAGUUAAAUAUUUUUUAUCUUAUGAAUAGUCUGGUUCCAGACUUGCAGGGCUGGGGGUGGGGAAGGAAAUGCAUAACUUGGAAUUUAAAAUACAUAUAUAGCAGGGAGCUAAACUGUUCCUACAUCCAGAACCUGUGAUUUUCCAGUUUUAACAACUAUGGCAAGUGGAGGAUUUCAUAAUAACAAUACAUGUUUAUUUAAGCAGAAGCUAAAAUUCUUAAGCAGAAGCUAAAAUCAACAGAUUUAGUGUUUCAAUCAUAUCCCUGGAUUUGGGCAGUUGACCUUAAGAGGCAUGUCUUCUCCUGAACUUGCCUUGCUCCUUUCUGGACUGAAUCGCUAACAUUAAAACCUUUGGCAUACUUAGAGUGCUGCUGCUUCUUACUUCAUCCUGUUUCUUUUUGCUCAGGUUCAAAGGUGUGAAGAAGGGUGGGGUGACCGAAAACACCUCCUACUACAUCUUCACCCAGUGUCCAGACGGCGCCUUUGAAGCCUUCCCAGUCAACAACUGGUAUAACUUCACACCCAUUGCCAAGCACCGCACGUUGACUGCGGAGGAAGCUGAGGAGGAGUGGGAGAGGUGAGCAGAGGGACUUCAGGGGGCCUAAAUUAGGCACGCCUGUUAAUUUCAUGGGGUCUAUUCCUAGUGAAAGCUAGUAGACUACAACACAUGGGGUGGAAUUCAAUGUAAAGAGAUCGUUCCAUCAAGUCAUUCAUCUCUGCUUGUCUGGUGGAAUUAUCCCCCAUCUCCUCCCUACUGUGGAGGGGUUCAACUGUGACGACAACAACAACAACAUAUUAUUAUUUUUUAUACCCUGCCCAUCUGGCUGGGCUUCCCCAGCCACUCUGGGCGGCUUCCAACAAAAUAUUAAAAUACCGUAAUACAUCUAACAUUAAAAGCUUCCCUAAACAGGGCUGCCUUCAGAUGUAAUAAUAAUCCUUCAGAUGUAAUAAUAACUGACCCUCCAGAUCAGAUUUGGGGAGUGCGUGGUGGCAGGAGAGUCCUCUUGAGCUAGCAGGAAUCAUUGUGCUGGUUUCUUUUUCUUUCUUUCUUUAUGAAAUCAUUUUUAUUUGAUUUUACCAAUAACAAAUUGUGAAAAUCCAAACAUAUAUCCAUAUACAGAUAUUUCUCUGAACCUCUGGACUUCCUGCCCCCGCUCCAUGGGGUCCCAUUUCAAACAUUUAAAACUGCAUCUUCUUCCAAAUUCUAACUUUUAUAUCAAUCUAUAUUGUCCAUAGUAAUUAUUACACUACAAGUGCCUAUGUUUCCAUCUGCUUACUUUUCAACAUCGCAGUGUAUCAUUACAUCACAGUGUUUGGCUGGUAAUAUAUUGCAAUGUUGAAAAGCUGAUAUCGCCCAGCCCUAGAGCAGCCUCCUCUUAGCCCAGUGGAGAGAUAUUUAGGAAGCUUCCAGGGUGUGGCGAUGUCUCUCACCUUGGGUCCAGUGCUUCUGUUACCCUUAUAAGGUAAAAGGCAAAGGACCCCUGGACAGUUAUGUCCAGUCAAAGGCGACUAUGGGGUUGUGGCGCUCAUCUUGCUUGAGCCGGUGUUUGUCCGCAGACAGCUUUCCGGGUAAUGUGGCCAGCAGUUGCUUCUGGUGCACGGAGGACCGUGACAAGUGCCAGAGCGCACGGAAACGCCGUUUACCUUCCCACUGCUGCAGUUCCUAUUUAUCUACUUGCACUGGUGUGCUUUCAAACUGCUAGGUUGGCAGGAGCUGGGACAGGGCAAUGGAAGCUCACCCCAUUGCAGGGAUACGAACCACCAACCUUCUGAUCAGCAAGCCCAAGAGGCUCAGUGGUUUAGAUCACAGCGCCACCCACAUCUUAUAACUUGUAUAGCAUCUUUCAUGUGCAUAAGAAACAAAAAAUUCUGGUCCCCUGCCCCGGAACUGCAGCAUCCCUGCCUGGCGCAUUAAGGCUCCAGCCUGGUUUCUUGCAAGUCCCUGUGCCAUGUGGUCCUUGCCUCCCAACCACAGUGUCCUGGGGAACCGGGGCUUUAAGGAGCAGCCCGGUUGAGUGCGGCCCCCGUUUUUUGCCUUUUGCAGGCGGAACAAGGUUCUGAACCACUUUAGCAUCAUGCAGCAGCGGCGGCUGAAAGACCAAGGAGAUGAAGAAGAAGAGGAGAAGGAGAAGAAAGGCAAAAAGAAAGGGAGCGAUUUAAAAAUCCAUGACCUGGAAGAUGACCUGGAGAUGAGCUCGGAUGACAGCGAGUUCAGCGAUGCGGAUGGUGCGAAGGGGAAGGGGUGGCAGCUCUGACCUGGAUUUUUUAAAUAUAAUAAUUUUAUUAGUUUUCAAUUACAAUAAUCCAAUAAUAGCCACAUUAUAACAAUGCCAAAUUAUAAUAUAAUUACUGAUACCAAUCAUUCAGAUACCAAAUUAUAUAAUUUAGGUGGCCCCCCGCAUGCUAGAAUUGAUGGUUUGAUGAUUUACUUUAUUUCUGCGUUCCAAAAUCUUACUAAUUUCAAUUAUACUCCGGUCAAAAUAACUAUCCCUUAUACAACAACUGCAAUAUUAACAAUUUCCAUUCGUACUGACACAUUAAAUGAUUUAUAAAGCUACAAGUGAGGCACUCAAACUAUAUCCUUGUUCUUCCUGUGUGUGGCAAUUAUUCUGUCCGUGGUGUUUCUUCCUGUCCUUGUAAAAUAUUAUGUCUAUGUUUUCCUGGUUGUUGCUGUUCUGCAUCAUCCCUUGGGCGGAGGAGCUAAUAUCCCAUUGUUGUUUCAGAAAUUCUCCAUUGUUCCACCCCGUACUUCAUAGUUUUGCAACUUUAAUAACAGCUUCAAAAAACUCAAUAAAUUCCUGUUUUCUGACCUGGAUUUUUGAAGGACCUCUCUGAGAGACAGUGGCUAGCUUUAUAAUGAGUUCCCUUUCAUCCCCACUGAGCUUUCCUUCUUUCUCAUGUGGAGGAAGGCUUGGGCAAACUUCUGCAAGGCUUCAGGAAAGACCAAAAGGACAGCUACAUCCUAUAAGUGAAACAGUGAGGGAUGGGAGAGGCAAGGCAUAGUCACUGUGAUAGGUAGCAGUGACACAUCUGGGCCAUACAACAAGAGCUGGAGUGCUUCCAAAAGAGGUUGGGCUUCAGCAAACCUUGAAGCACUCUUGUGCAGCUGUUGUCUCUGGUAUUGCUAGGUCUUUUCCUUGUUUGAGUUUAUGGCCCACACAGAAGGUGGAUCUCCUUUGACACUGGCUCUGUGCAUAUAAUCUUAUUCAUAAAAAUCAAUUUGCGGCGGAAGAUUCUGUGCAUUUGCUAUUUGUCACAGGUGGGGAACCUGUGGCCCUCGAGAUGUUGCUGGACUCCCAACUCCCACCAGCCCCAGCCAGCCUGGUCAGGGAUGAUGGGAGUUGUAGGCCUGCAACACCUGGAGGCUCCCAGAUUCCUCACCCCCUGCUCUGUGCUGUAUAAAGUGUGUAGGAAUAACGGAGGGCGACAGGAGGUUGGAUGCAGGUGAGCUGUGCAGAAACACGCUGGCAAACAUGCUCCAAGACAAGCUGCCGGCUAGCUCUGUAGAGGCUCCUUUUAUUAGCACAAUAUGCAAAACCAGUCAGAUACAUUUUGGACUGUGACCUUUACACAUCUUCCAAUCCCGAGAUCUUGGGGUGGUACAAAGUUAUUUUGGCACCUGUUUCCACCGCGUCAUUUUCCCCUUGAACAAUGUAUGAUGAAGGAGACAAAGGUCACAGACAGGGCACGGUAGACCGCUAAGAGAGCAAAGGUUAGAUAGAGGGCAUGAUGUUCAGACAGCUGUGGCUUUGUCUGCGGGUGGAAGUGUGCUCCGCACCCAGCGAUCAUUCCUUCAAAAGUGCACCCCUUUUCUUUUCUUUUCUUUUCUCUCCUCUUCCUCUUGGGUUGUACCUCUGGGCUACCACUUCCAGUGAGAUUUCUGCCUUUGGAGAAAAGUGUUUAACGUCAUCCCGUUAUUCAUUAGAUGAGAAACCCACCAAGCCCAAGAAGAAAGCCCCUCUGACGAAGAAGAAAAAGAAGAAGAAGGGAUCUGAUGAUGAAGCCUUUGAAGACAGCGAUGAUGGGGACUUUGAAGGGCAAGAGGUUGACUACAUGUCUGACGGAUCCAGGUGGGCACCACAGUGGACGGGAAGUGGGGGGUUUUCCCAGCAAGGGGGGGCAAGCAUUGCCUGGCCACCCCGGUGGUCAGUCUGCUGCUGCUUCUCUUUCCUAUUCCCCCUGUUGGGACGGGUGGCUUUCCCUGCCAAAACUUCAUGUUGCCUCUAUGUGUUGUGUCCAUUCGCACUGAGGGUUCUCCCUGUCCUCUUACAGCAGCUCUGUGGAAGAAGCCGUGGGGAAGCCCAAGGUGACUAAAGAGGAAGACAUCCCAAAAGGUAUGUGGCUGAGCAAGUCAUGCAGAUGAACAAAUCCUAAAGUUCAAGAUGGCAGCAAGACCUGCAGCAGCCCAUUGGAAGCUUGGUGGUUUUUAUCUGUUGGCCCUGAUCAUUGUUUUGCUCAUCUCCUCUGUAAGAUGUGUGGGAAUGUUAAGGAAAGUAAGAAAGGAUAUAUUGGAUAAGUAUUAUCCUUCCUUCACUCACUCUAGUAUGUAGCAGAACAGAUUCCCUUCAAUAUAGCUGGAAGCUAGUUUGCAGAUUCAUUAGAAUCUCUUAGUUGCGAUUAUUUCCUGGUGUCCCCUUUGACCCCUCUUAAAAGAAUAAAGACGAGAGUCUCUCUGAGUAAAGUUACAAAAGUUUACUCACAUUUCAGUUCACGAUAUGAUCCCUGAAAGGCAGGCUUUACUUAAUAGUUACACAAAGAAAGAGUGAGUUUAUCUCAUAGGGAGACUGAACUCACGUGCUGCUGGCUGAGAGCCAGCAGACAGCAAAAUUACAUUAAUAGGACAAAAUGACUGCAGGAGAGCAGCGUGGCAGCAAAAGAUCAGCAAGAGAACAAUAAGAGACAAGACAAACUGAGAAAAUGGCUGCAUGGCUCUUUUGUGGAGUCAGCCACAGCGAUGCCCAUCUCCCUGGUCACAUGCAGGGAGAGGAAGCUCCAGACCAGUGGAACAGGAAAUUACACUGACUGGAUGACCCCUGCUUGUGCCCACUCUAGGGAAAUAAGGAAUGUUGCAUUUGACUGUGCCAUUGGAUUACAUCCCACAAGAUGCAUGUUGGUGUGCAUACUGACGUUGACCUGCAAGGAGAUUCUGUUCUGCCUUUGUCCUCGUCUGAGUUAGAUCUACCCAGUUUUCUGCCAGCUUGCAUGGCAUGGCUUCCCCCAAUAAUCCUCAGAGAUGUACUUUGACGUGGGUGCUGAUCAUCCUCUGCUCAAAGACCUCUAGGGCCACUCUGCACCCCUCUCAGAGCUGCACUUCCCUGCAGAGAGGGAAGCAGCAACUGAUCUGGCAUAGGCGGGUUAGGUUUUCCUUUUAGCCAGCACUGGCAAGGGGAAUGGGAAACUGUCAAGCGGAUUUGCCCAGAAACAAGUCAACCCCAAAUCUGUUGCCUCCUAACCCCAUUGCCUUUCUGCUUUGCAGGUAUAGACGAAGCAAGCGAGAGCAGUGAAGAGAGUGAGGAGGAGAAGCCGGUGGAGGAGAAGGAAGAGGAAGAAGAAGAGAAGAAGGCCCCGACUCCCCAGGAUAAAAAGAAAAAGAAAGGUAACGCUCAGUUGGUAGAGCAUGAGAUCUCAGGGUCGCGGGUUUGAGCCCCACAUUGGGCAAGAGAUUCAUGCUUUGCAGGGGAUUGCGCUAGAUGACCCUCGUGGUCUCUUCCAAAUCUACAGUUCUGUGAUUCUAAAAGCCUCAAGUAUUGAAGCGGCAUAUCACAGAAGGCUGGGAAAGGGGAAGCAUUUAUGGUCUUGAUUUAUGGGCUACUACUAAAAUGAGGCUGCAUUUUAAGCUGUAUUUUAAGCCGUAUUUUAAUUAACUUUGUUGUUUGUUUGUUUUCCUAUUACGUUUAUUGUAAUUUCAUAUUUCUUGUUAGCCGCCCUGAGCCCGGCCCUGGCCGGGGAGGGCGGGGUAUAAAUAAAAAUUUAUUAUUAUUAUUAUUAUUAUUAUUAGUCAGACUUAAGAGAGGCAGAACUAAGUUUAUGCUGCAAUUUCACAGGCUAUGGCAGUGGGCAUAGCAUUCAAUUUCCCAAGGAUCUUUGCUUUCACUUGUUGAAAAAACCAAGGCUUAUAAGCCUUUAUGGCCUCAAAGACAUGCUAUAAAGAAUGUGGGUGUUGGCUGUUGGAAUCAGGGCUAGAGUAGCCUUUAUAGCAGCUAAUGUCUCCCUAUAGCUAGGUUGUAGAACUUAUUGCAGAUAUUAGUAAUGUGCUGCUUGAAGCAAUGAGGUGCAAAAAACGGAAUGCUUUUGGAAUAAAAAUUGUCCAGACCCAUAAGUAUUAUUUAAAGCUUUAUUAACCAGAACUUCAAAACAGGUAGAAAAACAAUCAGUGAUAUGCAUAUGCAUAUGCUUUAUCCAGAAAGUUGUAUAAAGCAUGUGCACAUUCAAGCAUAGAUUCUUCUUAAAUAUAUAACAUAAAUACGAUCAGAACAAAAAUCAAAGCUCUGUUUCUCCCAUAGCUUGCAUUAGGCUGCAUCCGGCCUAAGACUUUGCAGCUCCCCCUUUGUUGUCUCUGUGGCAUCCUGAGACUUGCAGUUGAAUACCCUCACGUGAUCUAAGGUUAAACACUCACAUGAGUGCUAGCAGAGAACAACAGUUAAUUAUCAACUCAGAAGCUUAGAGAGCUUCAGUAUGGCCCAAUGGAAUUUUCCACUGCUAAACCCUUCACAACACACAUACUGACAUUCUGUUUCACUGUGCAUUUAAACAAUUAUACUUCAGAACUUUGCUUCCUUGGGGCAGAAUUUCGACAGUUGUAGCAUGCGCCCAACCCUGACCUGCUGACAUAAGUCUCCAGCGACACACCUGGAAGCCCAGAAGGGGCAGAAGCUUGAGCAUCAAAACAUUAUUUCUGGCCUUGGGAGAUAGUUUAGUUCCCAACUUAGGGCCCUCCAAAUGAAGAUGUUGCGCUCCAACUCCCAGAAGCCCCAGCCAGCACUGCCAAUAGGUAGAGAUGGUGAGAGCUGGGAGUCCACAACAACUCGAGGCCACCAUAUUAGCCACCCCGGCCUAGUGCUUUACUUUUGACCUGAGUCCUUGAGAGUUUGACCUGUUCCUUGAGAACAAGCCUUGGUGAACAAGCAGCAGCCUGACCUAGAAUCUAUGUGCCAGCGUCAAAUGGGUUCUGCCUGUGACUUGUUUGUUUUGAAGUCUGCCACAAAGACAGCAAAGCCCAGAUUGUCUUGGUUUGGCUCUGUUUUACAGACACCAGUGAUGAGUCUGAGACGUCUGAGGACAGCGACAUUGACAGCGAAGCAUCUUCAGCACUCUUCAUGACGGUAAGCCCAGAUGCAGUUGGGUUGGGGGUGGCAUUCCAGGGGUUUGGACCUUGUUUGGAGAACAGCUGUCAUUUCCGGCCUAACCCUGGUCCCCAUAUGUGGUAGAAUGGACUGUGUGACACUGACAGUGGCAGUGAAGAAAUCAAUUUUUUUGAAUGUCCGCUCGCACUAACUUCCUGCAGGCAAGGAAGUUGCAAGUUUUCUCCCCAGUGUGGUAGAUUUGCAGGGGUCGACUUGCAUGGAUUUCUUUUAUCAAUACAAGAAAGCAUAUUAUUAUUAUUAUUAUUAUUAUUAUUAUUAUUAUUAUUAUAUUCCUCCCAACUGCCAACUGAACUGGUCCAGUCUCCCUUCCACCUCACAAUUCUGUCAUUCCAACCUGCUUCAUGGAUGGGCCCGACAGUGUUGAAGCAGAUUGAUUUAUUGCUCAGAUAAGCCUGACGUCCGGCACGCUUCGGCUGCACAGCUCUUGCCGGCCAGGCCUCUGCAUUCCAAAGUCCACAUUCCGAUGCUCUAAGCAAAGCAGAGAUCAACAGCGGCAAGAGAAAGCUGCAAAAACUCCAGUGCAUGCUUCAGUGUGCUUAAAUAAAGUCCACUCAGGAUCUUAGCAGCUAAAAGCAGUUCUAUUCACAGCAGAGUAUCCAUUAUCUAUCACAGCGAACAGCAUCGUGAAAACACGUCCUCUCUCCUCAAAACGAAAGUCAUUCCUUUGUUCCCUGCACCCCCACUUUUGGGUGCACAGCCUGGGCCUGCACGCUCCCCAGCACUCUGGUUGUAGGCCUCAACAGACAGCGUAUGGAGGGCCACACGCACUGGUGGUGCUUGAGUGGAGAAGGGAGCCCUGGCUGAGCCUCUGUUUCUGCCCUCACAGAAAAAGAAGACUCCUCCCAAGAAGGAACGCAAGGGCUCGGCUAGCAGCUCACAAGGGAACAGCCGUCCAGGGACGCCCUUGGUGGAUGCCGGCACCUCAUCCACCUUGCGGGCCGCAGCCAACAAACUGGAGCUAGGUACAGCCGAGUGUGGGCCCACAGGAGCUUCUGAGCUCUGCCUCUUGCUUUGUAUUGUAUACAGUCGUACCUCGGGUUACAUACACUUCAGGUUACAUACGCUUCAGGUUACAGACUCCGCUAACCCAGAAAUAGUACCUCGGGUUAAGAACUUUGCUUCAGGAUGAGAACAGAAAUCGUGCUCCGGCGGUGCGGCGGCAGCCCCAUUAGCUAAAGUGGUGCUUUAGGUUAAGAACAGUUUCAGGUUAAGAACGGACCUCUGGAAUGAAUUAAGUACUUAACCCGAGGUACCACUGUACUGUAUAAGCUGAAAUGGGUGCCCUCUUCUUUGCUUCUUGAAAAUUUCUGGACCUUGUAUGUAUUUUGGAAAACAGGCAAACGGCUCCCAUGAUCAAUGGGCAGGGCUCCUCCGCGAGGCUGAAAACCAUACCUGUUCCGCUCUUCUUUGUGGCCUGUGGUCCCUCUCUCCUCCCAUUCUUUGUAUCCCAUAAAAAAAAUUCCUUCCAGUAGCGCCAUAGAGACCAACUAAGUUUGUUAUUGGUAUGAGCUUUCGUGUGCAUGUACACUUCUUCUGAUACACCUGGCCCUUAUAUAUAGUGAGAGGGUGGGGGGCUAUUACUCAGAAGGAUGGUGGGAAUGGGUGAUUGGCUGAUAGGUGUGGUAAACCAGUUGAUGACUGUUAACGACUGCAAUUAGUCUAACAGGGAAAAACAAGGAAUGAGAUGGCCAAAAAUAGCUUUAUCAUGUGUAAUGAGAUAAGAAUCCAAUGUCUCUAUUCAGACGAGGUCUCUCCAUGGUUUUAAGUUUGGUAAUAAGUUGUAAUUCAGCAACUUCUCUUUCCAGUCUAUUUCUGAAAUUCUUUUGUAAUAUGACAGCUACUUUGAGAUCUUGCAUAGAAGGUUCUAAUACCCCUCCCCACCCUCUCACUAUAGAUAAGGGUCUGGGGACUUCUGUUUUUGUUUUUACCCUGCUACCUACCUGUAUUUUGUAUCCCAUAGUUAGAAAAUAGCAAUGCAGUCGUAGUUUGGUUCUCAAAUGUAAUCCGUUCCAGGAGUCUGUUUGACUUCCGAAAACGUUCAAAAACCAAGGUGUGGCUUCCGAUUGGCUGCAGGAGCUUCCUGCACUCAAGCAGAAGCUGUGUUGGACGUUUGGCUUCCAAAAAUCAUUCAAAAACCGAAACACUUACUUCCAGAUUUUCGGCGUUCGGGAGCCAAAACGUAUAAGUUCCAAGGCGUUCAAGAACCAAGGUACGGCUGUAAAUGAAUAGUAGCAAAACCAACGAACACACAAAUUACUGAGGCAUACAUUCCCUCUUUAGCCUCAUUCAUUCGGGCUCCAGGGGUGGAAGGGAAGGUGUGUUGCAAUGGUUGUCCUGAGGCCAGCUGGUUUUCUUUCCCUGGAACAGGAAAGCGGCAGGCAGGUUCCAGUGAGCUACCUGCAGCAAAGAGGCUGAAGUUGGACGCUGGGCCCCAGGCCUCCACCACCUCUGGGAAAUCUACCCCACAGCCACAGUCGGGCAAGUCAACACCCAGCAGUGGGUAAGCAUACAAGUUCACCUUCCCGCUGGAGCGGUAUCUAUUUAUCUACUUGCGCUGGCGUGCUUUCGAACUGUUAGGUUGGCAGGAGCUGGGACAGAGCAACAGGAGCUCACCCCGUCGCAGGGAUUCAAACUGCCGACCUUCUGAUCGACAAGCCCCAGAGGCUCAGUGGUUUAGACCACAGUGUCACCCACGUCCCUAUAAGCGGCUUUCCGCGCACUCUGGUUUCCGUCACAGUGUUCUGUUGCGCCAGUAGUGAUUUAGUCAUGCUGGCCACAUGACCCAGAAAGCUGUCUAUGGACAAAUUCCCUCGGCCUGAACACAAGAUGAGCGCCGCAACCCAUAGUUGCCUUUGACUGGACUUAACCGUCCAGGGGUCCUUUACCUUUACCUUUUUUAUUUACGCAUACAAGUGUUGGCUUUUGUUUGGGCAGAGGUGGGGAGGCUCCUUGCUGUGCAUUGGGCCCUUCUGCAACUAUGAUGACACACUUCGCAUCACUGUUGACAAUAAUAAUAAUAAUAAUAGUAAAUUUUAUUUAUACCCCGCCCUCUCCGGCCAGGGCCGGGCUCAGGGCGGCUAACACCAAUAAAAUCACAGCAAAAACAUAAUGGGGGGGGGCAAUUUAAAAUACAGGUUAAAAUGCAAUUUAAAAUGCAGCCUCAUUUUAAAAGUAGCCGAUAGAUCAAGACCAUAAGGGGAGGGCAACAUAAGGGUCAGACUGAAUCCAAACCAAAGGCCAGGCAGAACAGCUCUGUCUUGCAGGCCCUGCAGAAAGAUGUCAAGUCCCACAAGGCCCUAGUCUCUUGCGACAGAGCGUUCCACCAAGUCGGGGCCAGUACUGAAAAGGCCCUGGCCCUAGUUGAAACCAAUCUAACCACCUUGUGACCUGGGACCUCCAAAACGUUGUCAUUUGUGGACCUUAAAGUCCUUCGUGGGGCAUGAGCUUUCCAGAAGCAGUUUGAAGAAUUAAGCGAUUGUAUUAACUCCCUAAUCCAUAGCGGAUGACGAUGUACAUGGCUAAGAAUGCAGGAUGUGAGGAUCAGUUCAUGGCCCACCCUCCAGUCUUUCUAAUGGCUGCCUUUGGUGAGCCGCUGUUUCCUCAGUAUUUGUGAGGGGUACGAGCCCUCAGAUCCCAUUUCUAAGCAGACUGAUGGAAGACGUGGGGUUCUGUGAAUGGUGAAGACCCCUACACCCUGACCCUUGGAAUUACACCAGUGCUGUGCUAAGGGAGACACAGCUAAGUCAGGUCAGGCCCACCAUGGCCUUAGUAAAGCACCAGCUUAGCUGCUUCAUUUAUAGUUGAAUCGUCUUAUUAUGAACUCCUCCUAGUGCUUUUCCAGCAGCACCACUAGGUGGGGAAGUGAGCUGCUAUGACGGUCCAGGUCUUGCCAACUGAAGGAUGGGCCAGAGAGAGGCCACAGCAGUCAAUGCCCCCCCCCCAUGCCAUACGUUCAUUUAGGUGUGACACUAGUGAUCAGGGCAGCUCAGGCCUGUCACCCACUUGCCCCAAACUCUGUUGUCCCAGGCACAUUAUUGCCCACUUCUUUGCAGUAAUAGCAAGUUCUCCAAAAGCUCAGAGAUAACAGCAACAACAACAAAGCCGGUGGCAAGCCAAAUGGUUAGGGCAGAUAAUCUAAUUAUCUCAGAUAUUCAGACCUAAUGAAUAAGCUAAUAAGAUUAUGAGGAACGGCUAAGGGAGCUGGGCAUGUUUAGCCUGGAGAAGAGGAGGUUAAGGGGUGAUAUGAUAGCCAUGUUCAAAUAUAUAAAAGGAUGUCACAUAGAGGAGGGAGAAAGGUUGUUUUCUGCUGCUCCAGAGAAGCGGACACGGAGCAAUGGAUCCAAACUACAAGAAAGAAGAUUCCACCUAAACAUUAGGAAGAACUUCCUGACAGUAAGAGCUGUUCGACAGUGGAAUUUGCUGCCAAGGAGUGUGGUGGAGUCUCCUUCUUUGGAGGUCUUUAAGCAGAGGCUUGACAACCAUAUGUCAGGAAUGCUCUGAUGGUGUUUCCUGCUUGGCAGGGGGUUGGACUCGAUGGCCCUUGUGGUCUCUUCCAACUCUAUGAUUCUACGAUUCUAUGAUUAAAAGAGGGACUGAUGUGAGAAUUUAUGAGAAAUACCUGAAAACACUUUGUAAAGCAACAUUUUAAAUAGUCACUGUCGCCGUUCAGGAUCUGGGCACUGCAAAGCUUAGGGCCUGAAGAUUAUAGAGAGGUUUAGAAGUACAUCUGUGUUUUCAAGCGCUGUGGUUGUCCUGGCCAGCUGCACGCCUCAGAGAAGGGCAGUGGGGCAAUUCCUGCACUUAGAUUUUGCUGCGAGAGCCGUGGAGAAAAGUCCUUCCUCUUCCGCGGUGUUCUUCCCUGCCUCUUGCCAUUGCAUUAACCUGCCCUUUAGUUUUAGUUUUUUGAAUUUGCACUUUAUUUGUUAACAUUCUUAUAUUACACCGGUAAACAUUGUCAUAUUACAUUACACGACUUACUAUAAUAUAACUUCCAAUAUGUCUACAAAAAUUAUAUACAAAUUUUAUAUACCUAGAAAGGAAAUGAAACAAAAAAAAAAGAACAAAGAGAAAAAGCAAAAACAAUUUUCCACCCAAAAUCAUAUACAUACCAACACACUAGACUUCCUGUCUAUCCCGUUGUAUAUUCCUUUUGUACAAAUGAAUGUACUCUUAUUAUUGUAUAUUUCUUUACAUUCUGCAUUAACCUGCCCUUGCUUCCUUGCAGCGAUGUGCAGCUGACGGAGGACGCCGUGCGCCGCUACUUGACUCGAAAGCCCAUGACCACCAAGGAUCUUCUGAAGAAAUUCCAGACCAAGAAGACGGGGCUGAGCAGCGAGCAGACGGUCAAUGUGCUGGCCCAGAUCCUGAAGCGCCUCAAUCCCGAGCGCAAGAACAUCAAUGACAAGAUGCACUUCUUCCUCAAGGAGUGAGGAGGGCAGCGGCUGGGCCAGAAGCAAACUGUCCUUUGGCAUCCACCCUCCUGCUGGGCAGCUCUGAGCCCCCUUACCUUUGGUUAGUAGCUGGGGGUGGCUACAUCCUAGAACCAUGUGGACUGGCAUUCAUACCCUUUGGGGAAAGCAAAAGAGCCAUUAUCCCGCCUAUGUACUGGUGGCCCCCUUGGGAUUCAGGGGGUGGCGAAAGGGGGCGGAAGACCAGGACAGUCUCGUGAGAGGCAUUGAAGCCACGAUCUCUCUGAACAGGAAUACUUUUCUCUAUCAUGUGGAGGAGUUCACAAAUGAAAUGCUGCCAUUUUUAGAAUAAACAGGGGAAUCUCUUUACACACAAUCCGCAAACACCCACCCCACACCUUGUGUGUUCUCUCACAUGCUGGAACCAUUCUCCUUUGCGAGUUGUUUUGCAACCAGUUCCACUCUUCUCCCCUCGCCUCCCUCACCCGAAAUCACAGAGACUCUGAGUAAGCCAUUACUGGUACACAAAUAUUUUUUCCUUGUAUUUUUUUUUUAACGCAGUCUAAAAUUGUGUGUGCUUUGGCAAACAGAGAAAGACACUGCUCAACCUGCCCUGCUGUGACUGGAUUCCUCUAGCUGGAUGCAUCCAGUUGUUUUCAGUCUGCCCUGAAAAAGUUUUUGGGAUGGGUUUUUUUUUGGGGGUAAAAGCUUGGGAUUCCAGAUUUGACACAAAAUGGGAAUAAAUUAAGCAAAUUGAAUUAUUUGCAUGUACACGCUUGCUGUUCAUGCUCUCUGAGCACUUCAUAGUUCCAUGAUUCACCUACUUCUGUGCUGGAUUCUAGAUUGCUCCCCUACACCAGUGAAUUACUACAAAGAAGAUGUUUUGUGCAGCGCUGGAUUGGUGCUCCAAAUGGGCACAAACAUAGUAAUAAUAAUAAUUUAUUAUUUAUACCCCACCCAUCUGACUGGGUUUCCCCAGCCACUCUGGGCGGUUCCCAACAGAAUAUUAAAAACACGAUAAAACAUCAAACAUUAAAAAACUUCCUUAAACAGG